GCGGUGGGGGCCUGACUCCCUGCCAGCCGGACCCUCCCUCCCAGCUCCUGCCCCCAGCCUCUGCCCUUCACUGACCCGAAGCCCGCGGUCACCUCUGGGCGCUGCGCGCUGGCUGGCGGUCGCCGGGUUACCGCUGCCUGGAGACGCGGUUGCCAGGCCACCACUGUUGUUUCCCGGGGGAAGGUUUGCACCACCUGGUCGCAGGUUCACAGAUGUCCUCAGCUCAUCGCAUUGGGAGGUGGUUUCCUGCAGGCCUCCUUACCUGACCAGCCGGUGCCGGUGCCGAGGCCAGGCCGGGCAACUCCGGUGGGGCCGGCCCCGAUUGCCAGGCUGCGCCCAGGAGAGAUCAAUGGGGAACAGCCAGGAGGAGGGGCUCCUGUGUCACCUUAACCAGCUGGACCGGGAUGCAGACCCCACGGAUGAGGCUGACACUGCCGGGCCCCAGGCCACCCUCCUGGAGGAGCCCUUGCUGGCAGGGGACAAGCAGCCACCCAGCUCUGCACCGGGUCCCUUCUUCUACAUCGGAGGCACCAACGGGGCCUCAAUAAUCAGCUCCUACUGCAGGAACAAAGGCUGGCAGCGCACCCAGGACAGCCGGCAGGAGGACUACAAGCUCAAAUGGUGUGAGGUCAAGAGCCGAGACAGCUACUGCACCUUCCGGGAAGGCGAGCAGCUCCUCUUCCAGCUCCCCAACAACAAGCUCCUCACCACCAAGAUCGGCCUGCUCAGCGCCCUCAGGGAACACGCACGGGUUGCGGGCAAGAUCAGCAAGCCUUCUGCGUCCGCCCAAGCCAGGGCCCUGAAGAUGGAAGACUUUUUCCCAGAGACCUACCGCCUGGACAUCAGGGACGAGCGAGAGGCCUUUUUCACCCUGUUUGCUGAAACCCAGAUAUGGAUCUGUAAGCCCUCGGCCUCCAACCAGGGCAAAGGCAUCUUUCUGCUCCGGAACCACGAGGACGUCGCCGCUCUCCAGGCAAAGACCCAGGGCGUUGAGGACGACCCCAUCCACCGCAAGAUGCCGUUCCGGGCGCCCCAGGCGCGGGUCGUGCAGAGGUACAUCCAGAACCCACUGCUGCUGGAUGGGAAGAAGUUCGACGUGCGCUCAUACCUGCUCAUCGCCUGCGCCAUGCCCUACAUGGUCUUCUUUGGUCACGGCUAUGCCCGCCUCACCCUCGGCCUCUACGACCCGCAGUCCAGCGACCUCAGCGGCCACUUGACCAACCAGUUCAUGCAGAAGAAGAGCCCCCUGUACGUGCUGCUGAAGGAGGACACUGUGUGGAGUAUGGAGCACCUCAACUGCUACAUCAACGACAAGUUCAGAAGAAUCAAGGGCCUCCCCAAAGACUGGGUCUUCACCACCUUCACUCCGCUGCACCCAGGACGUGGGGAGAUGGAGGCAGCAUGUGUGGCCAGGGGCACCCCUCGCCGGCCUCUGGGGAUCCAGAGCAUGUUUGUCGGCCGGGAGACCAGAACUAACACAAAUUCAUGGAGCACAGCCACAACUGUGAGCAGCAAGCUGAAGCCAAAACAGCCGCAGGAGCAGCCACCGCCUGUGCAGACGGGAGAGGACAUCCGCUGGGGUGUGAUGGGGGAGGACAAGUGCACAGACUCGCAGUGCACACACGUACAGGUGGUGGCACCCAUGCACGCACCUGUGCACAGUGAACCUGUGGCCGAGAAACGGGAAUAUCUACCCAGAUCAACUGUCGGAGUCGGGAGUCUGGAGUCGAGUCGGGAGCUGCACUGGGCCGGGCAGCAGGGAAGGGAGGGUGGAGAUGGCACCCAGCUCCCCCGGGGGCAGGAGGAGCCCCCAGGGCACCCGCCCGGCCCCAUCAGGGAGGCCAACAGCACCAACAACGCAGGCGGGGGGCAUGCGGGGCCAGGGGUCCUGGACGCAGCCACCUGUUGCAGCCCCCUGCUCCCUGCCUCGCAGCUCCCCUCAGUCCACCCCACACCUGCCCCCGCCGUCCAUCUCCCCAGGAACAACCACGGCGUCUGCGACCCCUCCUCGGCCACGGGCCAAGCUCCGGUCGACGGCUCCUCCAAGGGCUCCUGA